GAGGUGGAGCCGUGGACCCCGGCUCGGCCGCGGGUGAGCCGCAUCCUCCUCUGAGCGCGCGCCUGGUGUCGGCUUGGGCGUCGGGGAAGCCGGAAUAUAGUAUUUAAUGAAAAGUCCAUGCUUAAGUGGUGAAAAUGUCAGGCUUCCUAGAUAAUUUCCGUUGGCCAGAAUGUGAAUGUAUCGACUGGAGUGAGAGAAGAAAUGCAGUGGCUUCUGUAGUAGCAGGUAUAUUGUUUUUUACAGGUUGGUGUAUAAUGAUUGAUGCAGCUGUGGUGUAUCCUAAGCCAGAACAGCUGAACCAUGCUUUUCACACAUGUGGUGUGUUUUCCACAUUGGCUUUCUUCAUGAUAAAUGCCGUGUCCAAUGCUCAGGUGAGAGGUGACAGCUAUGAAAGCGGCUGUUUAGGAAGAACAGGUGCUCGAGUUUGGCUCUUCAUUGGUUUCAUGUUGAUGUUUGGGUCACUUAUUGCUUCUAUGUGGAUUCUUUUUGGUGCAUAUGUUACCCAAAAUACUGAUGUUUAUCCAGGACUAGCUGUGUUUUUUCAAAAUGCCCUUAUAUUUUUUAGCACUCUGAUCUAUAAAUUUGGAAGAACUGAAGAGCUAUGGACCUGAGAUCACUUCUCAAAUCACAUUUUCCUUUUGUUAUAUUCUAUUUGUAGACAAGUUUUUAUCUCUCAAUAUAAUUUACACAUUGCCAAAUGGAAUAGAUUGUACAUUAAAUGUUUUGUUUCUUUA